AUGAUGGCAUGGCCGACAGUUUAUUUGGUCGUACAGCUAAUUGGAAUUCUCCUUCAAAAACAUAUACUGAUAGCAGAAGAUUCUGCUGAGGACCAGAUUACCUGGCCGGACGACAUUGGCGAGCAUAACUUGGAAUCUGAGUUGACCUGGCCCAAUGAACUUCCAGUAACAGUAACUAGUGGCAUGACUUUUCGCACCGCUCGAACCUUGGAUCAUUUCGAUGCUUUGCGAGACGAUGAGGAGUUCAUGGAGAACCCGCAUAAAAAGGUUUUUGACGAAUUCGAUAGCCUGGAGCAAAGAUACCACAUCGUUCAUCCAAUAGGUGAAGAAAUAGCCCUCAAGCGGAUGCCGAUGCCUGAGGAGAAGUAUAUUAAACAGCCCUUCAAAUUCGGCUGCUGUCACAACUCCACAAAUGUGGGAUGUGCUGGCGUUUGUCCGGAGACUUGUGAGUACCGCUCCAAAUACUGCGUACCGCUUUGCGGACCGCCCUGUCGCUGUAAGCGUGGAUAUGUUUACAAUAUUCCACACAACGCAUGCACUCUGCGCUCCGACUGUCCCAAGGGGAUCGUUCAGAGUAAGAACGGGAUAUACAGGGUGUUUUUGUGAGGUGGAGGAUGUGAGAGAGUGAUUUGGGUUAGUGUGGUGGACUGAUAUGUGCUGU